GUGGAUCGAUGAGAUAGUGGUGACCGCACCAGGCAAAGAAUUCCAAAACUAGCAAGGCAAAUCUUGGCUGUAAAUGAAUGACACGACCUUAUUUCCACGUUGUAUCUCGUCUUUUAUGUCCCCUGUGCAUGUGCCUCCCGCCUUGGCCAGAAAGCUUACUUCCACCUUCAUCUGCUACCUCAACUACCAAUUUCUGACUCUGUGGUAAAGGUGUAGUCAGAAUGAAUCACGCUUUGAGGCGCGCUGCGCUUGGAGUGUCUCCUGCUUUACGAGCAUCACGAUCACAUACCCAAUUUGCUUCUCAUCAAUUACCAGCAUUGUACAGAUGCGAAACGACACAAACGCCUUUUCGACGCGCUUUCACAACGACAAGAUGUUUCAACCAAGAAGCUGCUGCUGCUGAGCCGCAAGAGGAAAUCACUCGCAGGGAUCAGUUGAGUGAAAAGGCGCGCAAGAGGGAUAUGAAGAAGGUCACAUCUGGUGCCAGCGCUCAAACGUUGGAGAAUGAUCGGCCAUGGCAUAGAGUGGACUCGGAGGCUGAGAAAGAUUCUGAUAUACCUGACAAGACUGAAAUGAAGAAGGGGCGUCUAUUGACUACCCCAACACGCCUAUUGAAGCUCAUUCUCCCAAUGCCCUUUCAUCCCGAACAAGAACACGUCAACAGACCAGUGCACCAAGACGUCGAAGACGAGGGCGAAACAGUUGAGCCGUUAGCUCUUCUCGUGCACCCGCAUCAACCUCUUUCUUACCUCGAGCGAUUGAUCCAAGCCGAAAUUCCACCAGUCCAAUAUAAAGGCCGCGAGAAGCUACCCGACAUCGUCUUCCGAGCCGAAGCAGACCAAGAAGAACAUCAUGGAAAGAAGGAUGAUAAGAAGAAUGGAAACAGUAAUGUUGCAUCAUACUCUGGUCUUGGCCACGAAGGUCCUUCCCGCAAAGAGGCGAACUGGGUGCGCUGGAGUGGCAGCACCGAGAUCGGAGACUUUAUUCGAGAUGCUGCUCGCGGUCGAGAGUUUGCGAUUGAUGUUGAGGGAUUCGAUAAAGAACUUCGGGUUGCAGUGCCCAGCUUCAGAGACCGAACUUACUACAUGCGUAUGAACUUAAGACGCAUGUCACGCGACAUUGAUUCCAUGUCAAAGGUCAAGAACGAAUGUGAUGCACUCGCGCACAAGGGAGCGCAUCGACUGGCACAAGGUGGCUUUGCAGCUUUGGCUGGAUGGUGGGGUGUUGUUUACUAUGUCACUUUCCACACACAAUGGGGUUGGGAUCUGGUCGAGCCCGUUACGUAUCUCGCUGGUCUGACAACUGUCAUGGGCGCUUACCUCUGGUUCCUCUACAUCAGCCGCGAUCUAAGCUACAAGGCUGCCAUGAAGGUAACAGUGUCAAAGCGACAAGCUGCACUUUACCAAGAACGAGGAUUUGAUCAGAACAGAUGGGAGCAAUUGGUUCACGAGGCCAAUGAGCUUCGAAAGGAGAUCAAGAUCGUGGCUAGUGAGUACGAUGUUGAAUGGGAUGAGAAGAAGGACUUGGGAGGUGAGCAAGUGCAAAAGGUUCUCGAAGAGGAGAGGAAGGGCCGAGAUGGUACCAAGAUGACUGAAGGCAAAGACGACGAGGAGGGUCCCGGAUCUGCCGAGGAGGUCAACAAGAAGAAGCAGUAAACGACGGGAUCUAGAAGUGAGUAGAUGGAAAGUUUGUACACUAAACAUCAGAUCAUGGCGAAUGGGCUUAGCAUUGGGGGCUUAGGACACGCGACUGUUGAUGGUGUGGUGACACCUUCGAGGGAGACUUUGCUAUAAAUUGAACUGACUGCGAUUUCGGAUGGAUUAUGGAGCACGCAUAGCGAUAAGCAACCAACGAUUGAUUUAAUGUUAGAUUUAUGACUUGCAUAAAUGAUCUGUAUUUUGGGAAUUAUGACGGAAUCUUUAAACGAAAACCCUGAGGUAACAAUUUCGUAUUAGG